CAAGUCCUGAGAUCAUCUGCAGGGUACGUUUCAGUAAGCAGUGAGUUGAUACUGUGUGUGUACAAACCAAGCAGAAUUCUCCCCUGUUGUAAUGACUGAUAGAGUUAUGCACCCCACUGAUGUGAAUGUUUAAAAGACAAAAAAAGUCACAAAAGCACACAAUUUACUCCCAAAUAUGUCUGUUGUGACGUUUCCAGGUGAAGUAGCACUGAGAUGCCUCGGUAAAACUCAUACCACUCUGACCCUUGAUGCCAUCUAGACGUAGGAUAUGGAUCCAUUGCUUUGUCUGCAAACUCCAUCCUCAUUCCAUUACGUUGACUGUAAACUGGCUGCCCCUGGGUGCGGGUUUGCCUGUAAAGCAGAAAAAGAUGUUUAAAAGUUUUGUUAAGCAACUCCAAAGUGUGUCAAAAAGAAAAAAAAAAGGUGGCAAAGAAAGCACUGUUUCCCAAAUGUCAUCACACAUUGUUCCCCCAUCCCCAUAUACAGACUCAUGUUGGAUAAUUAGAGAAAUUGAAGUAGCGACAUACAGUGCAAGCACCCAGUUUGUAACAAAUCUCGUUAGCGUCCUCAAUUUUCCUUCUCCCUUUCUUUUCCUUUGUCGAUCAGGUGCGUUAUGUUCCUCACGCUACUUCACACGAUUCAAGUUCGAAGUAAGAACACCAUGCACAGUGUUGGGUAUUUCUCCCCCUCCCCAUCCAACUAAUUUAAUUUCUUGGGUUAGUUUUUCCUGGAGACCAAAACCACACACUUCUGCCCCUUUUCGUCCAGCUUACAUUGUCCUCAGGUGGAAAAAAGCCCAGUGUUCCCUCUAAGCACACCGAUACAGUUGUGUGAAAUUGCGGUGGUUUCCCUCUUGUCUUUAUUCCCUAAAAAAAGAAAAAGUUAUAUACAUCUGCUUAAACUGUUAAAAUAUUGCAAGCACUUGGUAUAGCAAAUUACAGGGCUUUUUGUUAUAGAUUUAAUUGCAUACCAGAAAGGGGUUUUCAUAUAAAACAAUAUCCACUGGUGUCUUUUAUGCCUUUUUGUCACUGUUUUUAAAUGUUUUGUGACAGGACCCUUAUGGUCCCUGUACCUUCUGUGGCUUAACUUUGCCACGAAACCAUAAAUCUGGGAUUUUUUUUUUUCCCCUUCGAUCAAAGGUCCACUAUCAGAGCUUGAAAAUGUUACUGGUCUGGCUGAAAUGUUUUUAGUUCAGAGAGAGUCGGACCUCACAGUAUUGAUUUUUCCCCCCUAAUAUAUUCAAUUAGUAACUUUGUUCUGUUAUUUUACUAAAUGUAUGUACAUGUUAAGCUUUAUACUUCCACUCUUGAUCCCAGAAAAACUGAAACUGGUUUUUGAUUGUCCGCUGCUAACGGCAUAAGUGAUUUUUUUAUCCAUACCAAGAUGAGUUGGACAGGACAGGUGCGGCAGAAAAGAAAGAAAAUAGGCUGCCGGAACACUUUAGGUUAAUUUGCUCCCUUUUGAGGGAUGGAAGAACCAGGGAUUGUUCGAAUGUCAGGAGUUUUCAGGGAUUGUACUGCCAAGUUUACAGGAGUUGUUGACUGGUUCCAUAAAGUGAGUAGUAGGGGUUUUUUUAAUACAGUUAAAUAUUAGCUGUAGGAGUCAAACUUCUUGUUUGGGGCUUUUCCUUGUGCCUUGCUUCCCCUGACCCAUUUUUUAAUUGGGCUCAAACUCCUAGCACUCAUGAUUUGCUAGAGAUUACCUUUUUAAUUGCGCAAACACUCAGGCAGCCAUUUAACAUCAGUACCGUGAGUAGCUCCCUGGAAAAUCGGAGCAACUUCUGAUAGCAAAGCAAAGCACCCGCCAGGAAUUUUUUUUGCAGGGACAGGUUUUUUUUCUAAGGGUGUAAUUGUUCUGCUGAGGCUCCUUGGGUUGACUGAGGCUUUGUUAUACUGGGUUAAAGGAAUGGCUAAAGCAAAUCCCAGACCCCAGCGUCUUUUUUUUUUAGGGCCUGGGACAUAUCCCGUUGCUGUGGCAUCAGCCAUGCUGUGGCAGCGAGGACGUCAGCGCUCAGCGUUAGGAUUUCGCUGAAGGAUUUGGAUAGGAGGAGCGGGAAGCAGCUAACCUGCGAGCAGAGAGGACGUUCAGAAUUUGCAGCUGAGUCAAGCACAUUCCCUGAGAAAUCUUGAGUUGUGACCAAAUAGCGCUUGAAAGUUUCCCUUAGUAUAAACGUCACUUAAAAACAUGGAUUUUAGGGAUGUCAGGAGGAGGAUUUGCCCCAGUUACAGCCGGGAGUGGGCUAAAGGGAUCUCUCUCCAAGCCUUGUAUAAAUUGGUACAACAUGUAUGUUACCAUAAUGGAAAAAAAAAACCAAACCAAACCCAACUGUAUAGAAGAUAGAAAAAGCUGAUAAAUUUUAAUGACUUCUGCCCCAGUCUCCACAGUUUGAAUGAGGCAGCAUGGCCCCGCUGCCUUCAAAGCGGUGCUUCUUUUAUUUCUUGAUUGAUGUAUUUCCCCUGGUUUCCACUUGGAAUAAAUUGUAAAGCGGCCACGCUGGCGGGCCAGAGGAGAGCUUAGUUCCUUUGGGAUGAUCAGUGUUUUGGUGGAAGAAUAGAGAUCUCGCUGAAUAAUUUUCUCCAGUGCAGAGCGUGCAGGUGUGAUGCUGGGGUAGGAUAUGUUUCCUCCAAGCAAGUUGUUGGUGAGGCAGUAAACUUCUGCUGAAGCGUUAAAUGUGUGAUUAAUAACCUUUAGCUGGAUGUAGAGGUCAGUCUGAAAAGCCUGGCCUUGCGGUUUCAUUAGAAAACCUUAAAAUGCAGAGAAUGAGCAAAAACUACGUGUCUGUCCUAAAAAGAGCUGAAUUCCACUCAAAGCAGCACAAUCUCCCUGCCCUGUUGUAUACAUGGAGGGGUCUGGUUUUAAAUCCUGCUCUGAAAUAGGUUGUGGAGAGUUGCUCUCAGCUGGGAUGAUCCAUUUUCUACCAAAAAAACCACUCCCCCUCGAGCUUGGCCAGUUGGUUUAUGGUUAGUUUUCAGUUUUUACUUGGUUUUACCAUGCUUAAAAUUUUAAUUUGCUGUCUGAUCAUUGCCCCACCCCAUGGAGUACACAGUCAAAUACAUCAGAUUGUUAAAAAUCAACUUUAAACUCAUGGUUGCCCAGCUCGAGGCAGAAGGUGUUUAUCCUAAAGAUACGCAUGUGUGUGCACAGCUUAAGUCCCUGUCAAGCGUUUUUCUUAAGAUCACAUAAAAUUAGAAGCAAGCAUUUGCUUAUCAUGAGAUUAAAUCGCAUGGAUUUGCAGUCCGGUGACUUCAAGAGCGUUUGCACUUUAUUUUCAGAGCCUUUCUCCUGCAUCACUCAGGGGGAAAAAAAAAGCGUUUUCACCCACCCUGUGCUUUCCAUUCCUCAGAGUUAAACCGAGAUCUACCUUUGUACAUUAACUCCCUCCCCACUCUUGGCGUCCGUGGAUCCGCUCUGGCAAAACCAGAUCACACACCGGGCAGGCAAUUUCAUGGUCAGCUGCACCUCUUGUGCAAAAAGCCGCCAUACAAAGGAAGGUUUCUUCCAGCAGGUCGGCUGCUAAAUUGGGGGGGGGUUUAUAGGGGUAUUGUGUAGAAGUUACACCAAGGUACGCGUCUGUCACGCUUACAUAUAUAAAGCAGGUGAGAGCACACAAAGCUCUUUUCUUAAAAGUAGUAAAAAACACUGUUGUUUUUCUGAGGAUGGCAGCCAAGAGGCUUAUUUUUGACGGGGUUUCUUUCAGGUGUAACAAGCAAGGAGCAAUAAUAUCUUUAAUAGGUUUGGGAGGGUAUAUCAGCUAUAACUGACAGUAAAUCCGCUGUCUAGGCCACUCAUUUGUCACUUCGUUCCGCUCAUUUCCCAAUUUAACAAAGCCUCGGCUGUAUAAAGUGACAUUAUUUAUUUUAAGAUGAUAUUUUAAUUCUUGUGCUGCCCUUCAGUGGCCAGAAUAGCAAAAAAAUCACUGAACUUUCUCAUAACACAGUCGUUCCUACUAUUUUUCCCAUAGCAAAGUGCCCACGCUGUCAGUAUGGCAGGAUAACGAUUGGAAAGGGCUUUUGUUUUUUUUCCAGGCGUCGUCACUGCCGUGUUCCAUCAUUGCCGUGGCACUGAGGUCACAAACGCCGCACGGCACCCGGUGUGGGUCCUUCCACGAGGAUGCGUGCUGCGCCGGGGACCAUCCCCUGUAGAUCAGGCGAGCAGGAGCGAUAGGAAAGCCUGAGAUGAGUGUGGAUUCGGGGAAGAAUUUUCCCCCAGUCAGUGUUUUCUGCAAUACCAGUAGUUGCUUAAGAGACAUGGCUUCUUCACCGCGUACCCGCAGCGACUCUCCACGGGAGGAUGGUGAACUGGAAGAAGGGGAGCUGGAGGAUGAUGGAGGAGAGGAGGCUCAGGAUCCCUCCGAAUCUCAUGAAAGAGGUCGGAAGGAGAAAGGAGAGAAGCAUCACAGCGAUUCGGAUGAUGAGAAAGCCCAUCGACGGAUGAAGCGCAAGCGUCGGAAAGAGAGAGAGAAAGAGAAGAGGAGAUCCAAGAAGAAAAGGAAGUCCAAACACAAGCGCCAUGCUUCUUCCAGUGAUGACUUCUCUGAUUACAGUGAGGACUCAGACUUCAGUCCUGGUGAAAAGGGACACAGAAAAUACAGGGAAUACAGCCCUCCCUACUCUUCAUCCCACCAGCAGUAUCCGUCCUCUCACAGCGCUCCCAUGCAAAAGAAGAGCUACUCUAAAAUGGAGAGCAAGAAUUAUGGCAUGUAUGAGGACUACGAGAAUGAGGAGUACGGUCAGUACGAGGGGGAAGAGGAUGAAGAUAUAGGGAAGGAAGAUUACGAUGACUUUGCAAAAGAGCUGAAUCAAUACCGAAGAGCAAAGGAAGGCUCUCACCGGGGGCGAGGUGGCCGUGGCCGAGGCAGAGGGUACAGAGGGCGAGGUGGCAGAGGGGGGAUGAGAGGAGGCCGAGGCAUGGGCCGAGGGAACCGAGGGCGAGGCAGAAGUGACCACCCCGAGGAAGAGGAGGAAAUGUAUGAAGAAGAGAUGGAAUACUGCGAUAAUGAGGAGCCCAUGGGUGAUGACGAGUACGAUGACUACUCGAAAGAGCUGAAUCAGUACCGCAGGAGUAAGGAGAAUCGUGGACGGGGUUUAAAUCGAGGACGUGGUCGUGGCCCCAGAGGAAGAGGAAAUAAAGGAAUGGGCAGAGGACGAGGCAGAGGUGGAAACAGAAGUGGGAUGGGGAAAGGUGGUGGAAUGAAUGAAGAUGAUGAUUACUACGAUGAGGACAUGGGAGAUGGAGGAGGUGGUGGAAAUUACCGGCGGAACGACCACGACAAACCCCACCAGCAGUCGGAUAAGAAAGGGAAAGUGAUCUGCAAAUACUUCGUGGAAGGCAGAUGUACCUGGGGUGACCACUGCAAUUUCAGUCAUGACAUUGAACUACCAAAGAAGCGGGAACUGUGCAAGUUCUACAUCACGGGCUACUGCGCCAGGGCUGAAAACUGCCCUUACAUGCAUGGAGAUUUCCCUUGCAAGCUGUUCCACACCACAGGCAAUUGUAUCAAUGGGGAUGACUGCAUGUUUUCUCAUGAUCCGCUCACAGAGGAGACGCGGGAGCUUCUGGACAAGAUGCUGGCGGAUGAUGCAGAAGCAGGUGCAGAGGACGAGAAAGAAGUUGAAGAGCUAAAGAAACAGGGCAUCAAUCCCCUCCCCAAACCACCCCCUGGGGUUGGCUUGCUGCCCACACCCCCUCGCCCACCCGGACCGCCAGCUCCGACGUCUCCGAACGGGAGACCCAUGCCUGGAGGCCCUCCUCCCCCUCCGCCGCCACCACUUCCACCGCCGGGGCCACAGAUGCCGCCACCAAUGCAUGAGCCUCUGUCACCGCAGCAGCUGCAGCAGCAACAGGACAUGUACAAGAAGAUCCCCUCACUGUUUGAGAUCGUCGUGCGGCCAACCGGGCAGCUGGCGGAGAAGCUGGGCGUCAGGCACCCAGGUCCACCUCCUCCCAGGUUCCCCGGGCCAGGAGGACCCCCAGGGCCAAUGCCUGGACCCAUGCACCCCGACAUGCACCCUGACAUGCACCCAGACAUGCAUCCCGACAUGCACCCGGACAUGCACCCUGACAUGCACCCGGAUAUGCACCCUGACAUGCACCCGGACAUGCCAAUGGGCCCAGGAAUGAAUCCCGGCCCUCCGAUGGGUCCCGGACCCCCCAUGAUGCCCUACGGACCAGAUGAUUCCCCCCACUCCGGCAUGAUGCCACCCAUCCCACCAGCGCAAGGUUUCUAUGAUAAUUUCUACCAGCAGCAAGAAGGUCUGGAGAUGGAUCACGGCAUGAUGGGAGACCCAGAAGACUACGGCAGUUACGACGAUAUGGAAGGGCCUCCGGGAGAGCACAUGUUCCCUGAUCCAUCCUUGGAUCAUGAUGCCUUGUGCGAAGGAGGCCCGCCCGGCUUACCGAAACCACCAGGCAGCAUCCCUGAUUUCAUGCCGUCGGCGCAAAGAGCGCUUUACUUGAGAAUCCAGCAGAAGCAGCAAGAGGAAGAGGAGAGAGCUCGGAGACUAGCUGAAAGCAAUAAGCAGGAACGUGAAAAUGAGGAAGGUGAUACUGGUAACUGGUAUUCCAGUGACGAAGAUGACGGUGGAAGUAGCGUCACCUCAAUAUUGAAAACCCUAAGGCAACAAAGCUCCGGCAGACCUCACGCCCAAUCUUCCCACGGAGAAAUUGGGCCACCCUCCGGUGUGAGCGACCCUCGCCUGCAAAAAGCCCAAGCAGGAGGGAGCGGUCGUCCUGCCGAUCCGCGUUUACGGGAUCCCAGGCUUUCCCGAAACGUGGACCUUUCUGUCCCAUCUCUCCCCAGCGAUUCGGGACCCACUGACCCCAGGCUUGCACGACACAUUCCCUCCUCCACCCCCAAACCAGAAGUUCCUCAUUCCAGUGUCAUCGGCAGUCAGAAACCCCCCCUGCUCCCUGACGAGGAAGAAGGGGAAAGGGCUCUACGAGAUAAACCGGUCAACAUCCCCUUAGAUGCUCUCCCGGGCCAUUCCCUGCGGGAUCCCCGCUCCCAGCUGCAGCAGUUCAGUCACAUCAAGAAAGACGUCAUCCUCAACAAACCCAGCUUUGCCCGGAUGAUCCUGUGGAGCCCAGAGGAUCUGAUUCCUCUGCCGAUCCCAAAGCAAGAGUUUAUUCCCGUCCCGGCUGCCCUUCAAUCCAUGCCUACCCUCGAUCCCCGUCUUAACAGAUCCCAAACGGGUCUUUCCGAUCCCAGGCAGAGAGGGGGAAUGGCGCCGGGGGACAUUGGUUCCUCUUCAGGCACCGGUCUCCCUGAUUUCGAGCUCCUGUCGAGGAUAUUAAAGACUGUGAACGCGGCUGGCAGCCCAUCUUCCAGCCAGAGUGACAAACCCAGUGACCCGCGGAUGCGGAAAGCCCCUGCCGAUCCCCGGUUACAAAAAUCUGCGGAAAUGGGGGUUUCUAGAACCCCUAAAACGGCAGAGGCGGUGUCUGCUGGCGAUGCUGCCCCGGCCAUCGCUCCCUAUGACCCUCGGCUGCUGACAGCCGGCGGGCUGAGCAAAGGCAGCGGGCAGAGCAGUGUGCUGAGCGCCAUCAGCUUGUAUGAUCCCAGGACUCCGAGCUCGGGCAGCAAAGCUUCCGAGUCUCCUAACGAAGGUAAUUCAUCUUCCAAAUCCUCAGAUUCCGGCAAAAUGACCGGUAAAACCAAGGAACCCCUUUUCGUCCGGCGAUCGGCGUUAGAUCAACCCGAAUUGGAGAAGGCGAGCACCGAAUCUGCUACAGACAGGUACAACAGCUAUAACCGGCCUCGUCCCAAAGCCGCUGCCGCCACGCCCCCUGCCCAAGAAACGACCCCCCAACCUGGGGUCCACAACCUCCCGGUCCCCUCCGUUUACGGCAUGGUCAAACAAAGCGCCAAAUCCGGAUCGGGAAGCCCAUUUGCGGGGAACAGCCCGGCGCAGGACAGCGAGCAGCAAGACGCUGCUUCCCUUAAAGAUGUCUUUAAGGGUUUCGAUCCCACGGCUUCUCCUUUCUGCCAGUAGUAUUAAAAAAAAAA